UUUCACUUUCUUUCUUACUAACUGCGUUGAAUUUGAAUAACGAAAGCGACUAGAAUGGCAAAAAAAUAUCCGUCAGAGCGCCUCGAAGACGUAUUCCAGGAAGAUAUCGUCCCAGCUUUUCCUAAAAUCGUCAUCUUUAAAAGAUUCGCUCGUUCCAGGGCUGGGCUGUGUUUGGAUCAACACGAGAUUGAUGACAUUGUCGAAGACCACAGAGAAUCGGUUGAAGAGCAAAAAAUGCAAAUGUUAUUGAAGUGGCAGCAAAAUUCAGGUUCUGCGGCUACAGUUACAAAGAUACGAGCCCUUGUUCAUGAAUACACGACUGGCAGCAGCGAUUCGAACGAAGAUUAUGUCAAUGUCGGCGGAGCAUAUAGAGCGUUCCGUAAUCAGCCAUUGUGUGGAAGAAAACAUGUUUAUCGUGGAGAGCAGCUGAGCGAGCGUCAUUCAUCGCGAUUUAAAGCCCGACAAUAUCCUGUUGUCGCUUGA